GUGUGCACGGUGCCCGCCCCCGGCCCUCCCCCGGCUCUCCCCGGUUGCAUGCACCCCACAGCCGGGCGAGCCGCUCCGAGCCCAGCCGCGCCGCCUCCCCGGCGAGCUCCCGACGCGCAACAGUUGCCCCUAAGUCGUGGCCGCCCUUCCCCGGGGGAGCCCCCUCGGCGCCGGGAGGAGGAGGAGGAGGAGGCGAAGGCUGCUCGGGGGGGGGCUCGGAGCCGCCGCCGCUUUGCAGGGCUGAGCACUGCCGCUUUCAUCGCUCCGCUGCCGCCGCCGCCGCCGCCUGGGGCCGGGAGAAGGAGCUCCUCGGAUCCUGGCUUCUCGCUUCCCCGCAGGGAUGGAGCGGGGCGGCGGGGCCGCGGCUCGGCUCCUCUCCGCCGGGAGCAGCCGCCCUCUCCUCCGGCUGCCGGAGCGGAGCAGCCCCGCCGCCGGGUACCGGCCCCCUUGCUAGGCUCCCGGGGGGUACCGAGCCCCAUCCCGCACCUCCUGGACCCUUCGUGCACCCCCUGAACCCCUUUGCAUCCCUCCCACCCCACCCUCUUGUGCAUCCUUUUGUGCAUUCCCUCCAACCCCCUGUGCACCCCCAGACCCUUUGUGCAUCCCCCCCCUCCCCAACCCUCCUGUGCGCCCCCAAACCCCUUGUGCAUCCCUUCCAUCUCCUUGUGCACCCCCUCGUGCCCUCCCCUCCGUGGCUUCCAGCCCCAAAUUCCCCCCUUGCAUGCAGCCCCAGGGCUGCGGGACCCGGGGCCACGCACCAUGGGCACCAAGCAGACCAAGGGCUGCCAGCCGGGCAGCGCCGGGGAGAGCCCCCCGGCUCCCCACCGCAAGAAGGUACCCCCCAGGGAAAGGGGGGACUUCCUUGCCUCCCUCGUGGUGAAGUCCGGCGAGAAGUUUGGGAAGGGCGGUGGCAGCAGCUUGCCCCCUUACCACCGGCGGAUCUGCAUGAUCCAGGACAUGCUGGUGCUGGUGAAGCAGGGGAAGCAGGAGGAGGCCACCGAGCUGCUGAGGCACCUGCUGCAGGAUUUAGGAAUGGAGUCGACCUCUCUGGAUGACGUCCUGUAUCGAUACGCCAGCUUUCGAAAUCUGGUGGAUCCAAUCACUCAUGACUUGAUCAUCAGCCUUGCUAGAUACAUCCACUGCCCCAAACCGGAGGGGGACUCCCUCGGGGCCAUGGAGAAGCUUUGCCGGCAGCUCACCUACCACCUCAGCCCCCACUCACAGUGGAGACGCCAGGGCAUCAUGAAGAGGAAACCACAGUCCUGCUUGAAAGCUGUCCUGAUGGGGAAGCCUCAGGACAACACGGUGGACUUGUCGGGUAUCCCACUGACGCUGAAAGACUUGGACCGUGUCACGUCCUACCUCCAGCACAGCUCGGAGCACAUCGACACGGUGGAGCUGUGCUUCACGGAGCUGACGGACGACAUGCUGCUGCAGCUGCUGCCGGCGCUCUGCGUCCUGCCCCACCUCACCACCCUCUCCCUCAACGGCAACCGGCUCACCAAAGCCAUCCUACGGGACCUCACUGAAACCUUGAAGGACCCCAAGAAGUUCCCCAGCGUCACCUGGAUCGACCUCGGCAACAAUGUGGACAUCUUCUCCUUGCCACAACCCUUCUUGGUCAGCCUAAAGAGACGAUGCCCAAAGCAAGGCAACUUGCCAACCAUUUUGGAGUUUGGUGAGGGUCAGGUAAGUGACUUGGAGAGCCAAGAUGGCCUGGCCGAGAGCCAGGAGGACCUGCGAGCUGGACCAGGCAAGACGGACAACAUAGACCUGCAGCAGACGGACAGAACAGUUGAGGCUGGGGAGCUCCCCAACUCGGAGCAAGGUGCUGCGACACCGCAGACAUGAUGUUGGGCUCCGUGGCUUUUGGGUGGGUGUGUUGAGCAAGGAUGAUUUAAAACCAAGACCUCAGCGCUGGGAGGUCCUGGAGGGUCAGUUCACAUGGUGGGAUGCUUCGGGAGUCUGGACUGUUGCCUUCCUCCCGUACAAUGAAUGUCAACUUCCUUCUUUUCAAAGAACACAUAAAGGUGAUGGCGUUAAAUACUUGUAUUUUAUAAAAGCUGGCCAGGUAUUUUUAAACACUAGUGAUGUGCUAUGCUUUUUAACCUCUCAAAAAUGCAUCUCCGAGGUGGUGUAGUAUGAGAGGCCCGUAGAAGAGCACAAAAGGGGAGAAGAAAGGUGCCCAGACUUUGCUGGGAAGGGCUCCCUUUCCUUAGUGCUGGCCAGAUGGACAGACAGCAGUCACCCCAGGGAGGGCUGCCACCAAGAUAAACCUUAAAUCCUUUCCAAGUCCUGACUUUGGGAGUUGCUGAUGAAUAGCACAGCUGCUGAGAUACAACAGCCUGAGCACACACUAACCAGGGGUCUUUCUCUUCAUCUUGUGAGCCAGCCCCAAGGGAGAGCUUUGCUUUCCUGGUGUGGAGCUAAAUCCCAGCCCGCUGCGUGCCUGGCCACCGCGCUCGCCCUCCAGCCUUACCCGAAUCAGGCUGGCACUUGUGCCUGCCCAGUAUUUAUUCAGAUGUAAAAUCCAGUUUCCCACCAGCCGUGCUGCUGUCCUAACUCCAGAGCUUUUCAUGUGGUACCUGGAGCUUGCACCAGCAACACUGAGAGUGUUUGAUCCACUUUGGGGGAACAAUCCAUGAAAUCUGGAGCUGGGGCUCAGCUCAGGUUUGUUGCUGUUGCUGAUAAGAGACCACAAUAGUGAAGAUUUAUAAAAGAAAAAAUAAUCCUGGGGUUCAUCCCUGACUCGCUGCCACCGAGGGCUGGGUGGACACAGUGGCUGGAGGUUUAAAGCCUGAGAAAGGCUGUUGGAUCACUUGGCUGUGUCCACUGCCCCCUGGACCAGAAGUGCUUUGUUUCUAAAAAUGUUGUUUUGGUUUUUAUUUCUAAGAGACACGGUUUUGAUUUUGUUUUAUUUUUGACAGAAAAUGGCUCACCCCAGAGCAGCAGUGCUGGAAUGGGAACUUUGGCUUUUGAAACAGAAUUUCAUUUGAUCCUAAACCUGGGGGAGGGCAGGGAAGUGUGAAAAACUUCCUCUCCCUUCCGCUCAAAGGACCAAACACAACUCCCUUUGCUAAGAGGGAGCCCCUUUCAAUCUGUUCAAAGCCCAUCCCCGACCAGCUUUAAAGCACCGUUUUCCUGGCUGGCAGCAGUGACCCUCUGGCUUUGCUGCUCCUGGGUGCAGAGUCAGACUUUUUGGUUGUCUCUUUGGCUCUGUCCAUUCACCAUCACCGGACCGGGAAGCUUUUUCCAGAGGGGCUUCACGCUGUCGGUUGUCGUUUCUCCUCCGUACGCAAGUAGAUUACUUAGAAGAAACUCUGCUACUCGUUUUAAUACAUUUGGCAAUGUUCAGUAUGAUUUGCAUGUAUCCAAGCCUUUUUCCUUUUUUUUUUUUUUUUUUAAAUGCUAACUCUUUCCAACAGGCAUGAAGAAAACUUUGCAGUGAAUAAACUGUUCUGUUUGAAAUAAAGGAGCUAUCCGUAAUCAAAAAUA